GUGGCUACACAGCAGAUCAUCCUGUAAUUAAAAUAUUCUGGAGAGUUGUAGAAAGCUUCACAGAUGAAGAGAAACGCAAACUACUCAAGUUUGUAACAAGCUGCUCUCGACCACCUCUUCUGGGGUUUAAGGAGUUAUAUCCUGCAUUUUGCAUUCACAAUGGAGGAUCUGAUUUAGACAGGCUACCUACUGCCAGUACCUGCAUGAACUUGCUGAAGCUUCCUGAGUUUUAUGAUGAAAAUCUUAUGCGAAGCAAGCUUCUUUAUGCCAUUGAAUGUGCUGCUGGAUUUGAACUAAGCUGAGUCAAACUGAUGCUUAUUCGGAUGAUCUGCAGAGGAACUAACCAGUGCCUACUCUAUAAGCAGCACCCAUACCCAAGCAGUUUAAGGGAAUUCUGUCUAGAUUUCUGCAGCUCUUGUGUCUUAUCAAAUGCCCUCAAAUAGGUUUCAUUUUUAAACACAAUUUCUUAGCUAGCUUUCAUUAAUUAAUAGUACAUUGACACUGCUUUAUGAUUCAAAACAAUGAAUGCUGUGUGCAGUGUGGCUGUUUCUGUGUUUAUGCGAAGAAAGAGCACAUUUAAAGAACAGUGACAGAUAUCUCAGUGGAAUUAACCAAAGAUGAAGCUUUGGCUUUGUGCUGUUCGAACACAAAUAAUUUCACAAACUGGCAAUAAAGUUGUGUAUCAUGCAGCAUAUUGAGAUGAGACAGGGCUAACACCCUCUCAUUAAUCUUUUAGAUGGAAGUGAAGGAGAUGCUUGCAGAUAUCCCAGAAAUGAGAGGAUGAAAGUGCUCGUUACCGAUAACCUAACAUCUUUACUUACGUUGUAGAAUUGUUUACAAAUCAUAGUUGUUGCAAAACUGAUUUUGAUUUAUACUACCUUCCCUCAGGAUGGUAGGCACUGAGAUAAAAUGUUUAUAAUAUUCCCUUUGUGCUUUCUGAAAUACCUUAGAGAAAUCAGAUUUGCAUUAUUUUAAGUUUGACCUUUGGCUGUGUCAUUAUCACUUGAACACUGUCAUAAAUGGAUGUAACUAUCCAUGUUUUCUCUGUUCUGUUUCUGUCUCUUGUGCCUGUACAGGUUAUUUUUUUAAAUGUGUCAGACUCCUAUUGCAUAAACAGUACAUAACAAAAGUCGUCACUUUGGAAAAAUACACAUGUAACAACUAUUAAAAUUAUUUGAACC